GGAGGAGGCGCGCACUCACACAUACACACACUCACAGUGAGUCUUUUUCUCUUCUGCCCUUUUCCAGCUUCACUUUUUAUCGGAAUGUACACUCGAUAGACUGUAUCUUCUCAUUAUUCCCGGAUAUCCUGAAGGAUUUCUGAUCCGGUUAGGUGAGGAAUGUGGAAAAGGAGGAUGAUGCUGUUUAAAGCGAUUAUCCUGUGCUUACUGUACAUGGCAUCGGUCGGCCAGGCGCUGGACUGUCACAAAAUAGAAGAAUGCCCCAUAGACCUGUACUUCGUUAUCGAUACAUCAGAGACCAUAGCUCUGCAGGAACCUCCACCAGGUAGCCUGGUUGACAGUGUCACAAAUUUCACUAAGAAAUUUGUUGAAAAGCUGGAAGACGUAGAGUACAAGGGCAAGGUGAAGAUUAGUUGGUCUGUGGGUGGACUCCACUUCUCCAUGACCCAACAGAUCAUUAGCAAACUCACCAACAAGGCUGAGUUCGUCAACAAAUUAAAGCAGGUCCGCUACUUAGGCAAGGGCACCUACAUCGAUUGCGCCAUCAAGAAAAUGACUGAGGAGAUUACGAGCAAAAGUAUUGAUACUACCAGCCAGAACAAGACACAGCGCUUUGCAGUCAUCAUCACAGACGGCCAUGUGACUGGGAGCCCCUGUGAAGGCAUCAAGGUGGCAGCAGAGCAGGCUCGGGACAAAGGCAUUAAGAUAUUUUCCAUCGCAUCAUCCAACAGCCUGGAGGAAAUAGGCCUUAGAGAAAUUGCUAAUUCUCCUGUUGGGGUUUACCGCAGCAACUACAUGGCCGUCGAUCUCUCCAAAGGACGACCUGAAAUUUUAACAGACCAUAUUGACCGCAUUUACAACACCAUGCUACAUCAAGCUUAUCAAGAGUGCUACAGUGUGAAAUGCCUGCACACACCUGGACCUCCAGGUCCAGUUGGUCCCAGGGGACAGAAAGGUGCCAAAGGAGACAGCGGAUCUACGGGUCUCAAAGGUGAAAGAGGUCACCCUGGUGAUCCUGGUAUUGAAGGUCCUAUUGGUUACCCUGGAUCAAAAGGAGACCGUGGUUCCAAAGGUGAAAAGGGAGAACUUGGCUCACAAGGAAGGAAGGGAGUUGCAGGGGUGCCAGGACGCAAUGGCACUGAUGGUCAGAAGGGCAAAAUUGGCCGCAUUGGGGCUCCUGGUUGUAAAGGUGAACCAGGUGACAAGGGUCCUAAUGGUUAUCCUGGAGAUGCAGGAGACAGUGGUCCAAAGGGAGCUUCUGGAGAGAAGGGAGAUCCAGGUCGGCCUGGGAGAACAGGGCCACCUGGCCUACCAGGAGAUCCUGGACCCAAGGGUGAGAGAGGUAGUCCAGGCACGCCAGGAAUCCCUGGGCAGAAGGGCCCUAAAGGGACAGCUGGAGGCCCUGGCCCUAAAGGUGACCCUGGAAGAAGAGGAGACUAUGGACCAAAGGGAGCUCAAGGACCAGAUGGGGCAGCUGGAGAAAAGGGUGAACCAGGUCCUGAAGGUCCAAGAGGGUCUCCAGGUGAUGUUGGCAAUAAAGGAACCAAGGGAGAUCCAGGACUUCCAGGACCAAGAGGUCCACCAGGACUAACAGGAGAGCCAGGAAGAAAUGGGAGCCGCGGUGACCCUGGUGAUGCUGGCCCAAGAGGCGAACCAGGACCCCCAGGACCAAUCGGUGACAGUGGCAGACAAGGAUUCAGCUACCCUGGACCAAGAGGACCAACGGGUGACCUAGGAGAUAAAGGUAGACCUGGAACUCGGGGAAGCAGAGGAGACUGCGGUCCAAAGGGAGCGCCAGGACAGAAAGGAGUACCAGGAGAGCCCGGAGAGACUGGAUCUCACGGUGAGCCUGGACCAAGGGGGCCUCCAGGAGACCCAGGUCGAGAUGGGGAUCGUGGUCCAGAGGGAGACCCAGGCCUUACAGAUUGUGAUGUCAUGAGCUAUAUCAGAGAGACCUGUGGGUGUUGUGAUUGUGAGAAGAGAUGUGGAGCACUGGAUAUUGUAUUUGUGAUUGACAGCUCUGAGAGUGUGGGACUAACAAACUUCACCCUGGAGAAGAACUUUGUAAUCAGCACCAUCAACAGAUUGGGCUCAAUAGCUAAGGACCCUGACUCAGAGAUAGGAACACGUGUUGGUGUGGUCCAGUACAGUCACAGCGGUACGUUCCAGGCCAUCCAGCUAAACGACUCCAAGAUCGAUUCCCUUUCUGCUUUCAAAGAUGCUGUGAAGAAUCUGGAGUGGAUUGCUGGUGGCACAUGGACUCCAUCUGCCCUGAAAUUUGCCUAUGACAACCUGAUUCGUGAUAGUCGACGUUCCAAGGCUAACGUGACUGUGGUGGUGAUCACAGAUGGUCGCUUUGAUCCCCGGGAUCAAGACUCACUGCUAAGUUACCUCUGCACGAAUAAGAGCAUUGAUGUAAAUGCCAUUGGUGUUGGAGACAUGUUUGAAAAGGAAGAGGAAUCUGAGAGUUUGAAGUCUAUUGCCUGUGACAAGCAAGACAGGGUGAUGGGCAUGAAGCGGUUUGCUGACCUGGUGGCCGAAGAAUUCAUUGACAGGAUUGAGACUGUUCUCUGUCCAAACCCGGUGAUUGUCUGCCCUGACCUUCCAUGCAAAUCUGAGCCAGCAGUGGCCAGUUGUGUUCAGCGCCCUGUUGAUCUUGUGUUCUUGCUGGAUGGUUCUGAACGCAUGGGAUCGGAUAACUUUCAGAGCGUCCGUACGUUUGUGGAGAACGUGGCUCACCGCCUGACCUUGGCUCAGAAUGCCAGGGACAAAAAUAACGCCCGUCUGGCUCUAGUACAGUAUGGCGGUGAAAACCGUCAGGAUGUGGUCUUCAGACUUACACACAAUUUCACCGUCAUCUCUGAUGGCCUUGCGAAAAUGCAGUACAUGGAUGCGUCUUCCAACGUGGGCGAUGCCAUUAUCUAUGCCAUUAACAACAUCAUGCAGAGUGGAAACACCCGCUUGGCUCGUAGCAACGCUGAAAUCUCCUUUGUCUUUAUCACUGAUGGAAUCACCGAAAAGAAGAAUCUAGAAGAAGGCAUAAGCUCCAUGCGCCGGGCAGAGGGUGUACCCACUGUGAUCGCCCUGGGCAGAGAUGAAGCUCUUGACAAGGAAGUGCUGACAAAGCUCGCUCUUGGAGACCAGACAGCUAUUUUCAGAGGAAAAGAUUACUCUCAGCUGUCCAAACCCAGCUUCUUUGAACGUUUCAUUCGGUGGGUCUGCUGAGGGAGAUGGGGUGUCUUAAGUUCAUACUAAUGUAAGGGGGGAAUUGGUGUAUUAUUGGAGUUAGCUUGGUCAUUAGGGUCAUUAUCUGAAUUUGCAGUAUGUAUCUUUCAUGUAUGGUCUUAAAUUAGAUUUUAUAAAACCGACUGACUCUUCAGGUUCAAUAGAAAAAAAAUAUCUGUGGGUUACACCCUCAUUAUCAUGCUCACUCCAUAUUGUACCAAUGGAUUUGGGAGAAGGUACAACAAGAUACUAUACUCAAGUUAAAUGACCAACACUUUAAAAAAUUUACUGACUGAUUUCUUUUGGUACAUUUCUGUAUUUUUUAACCGAGUUACCUGUAUUGUUUUUUUAUACACACUAAGGUGCUAAACUAGAGCAAGACUGGAGUUUUACCUGUAUAUGACAUUUCCAUGAGAUGGUACAUAUCAGCAGAAACCAUUCAGGGUUUAAUGAAGCCUGAUUUUAUCUCAGUGUCAAUCCUAGUCAGGUUUAAUGUCAGGCUUCAUGAUUCAAAUAAAUAAAUAAAUAAAGUCCCAAGUUUAUCAUCAUGGUUUUACUUAAUUAACACAGGGAACCAGUCACACAACAGCUUCUUCUAUGAAUCACAGACAAACAAAAAAAAAAAAUCAGUAAUUAAUCAGAGUUCACUUCUGCUUGGAUACAUGCUUAAGAGUUGGCAAUGCGUUUCAAGUUAAACUUUCAUAUUAAAUGAUUAUUAAAAGGUAUGUUUAUGUACUUAGUUAUAAACAACAGAAUGAGCACAACUGAUAAGUUGUUUUCUUAUACACUCUAAUUAGAUGUAGUCACAAAAUUUUCUAAUUCCAUGAAGCUGAAAUCAGUAUUUUCAAAUGGAUGAAAUCCAUUACUUUUUGUCAACUUCAUUGUUAGUACAAUAAAUCGGGUUGUGGUCAAUUGAAUUUAUGUCACCGUGUUUGUUUUUAUUAUUAACAUACACAACAUAAGAUGAUGAACUGUUCACCAAGUCAUGUUUUUGAGAAACAGCAUAAAUUUGCACUGUUAAACCGGAUUCGUUCAUUCCACUCAAAAAAUUUGAGGAAACUAAUUACCUCAAAAUUUUUAAGUUGAUAAAUCAAUUUCUUUAAGCCAAAUACACUUAAAUAUAACAAAAAAUGUAACUGAAACUUGUUAUAGUUAAAUGUCUUUGGCUUAAAGAAAUUGAUUUAUCAACUUAAUAAUUGAGGUAAUUAGUUUCCUCAAAUUUUUUGCGUGUGUGUGGGGGGCACUUUAUUCUGCAUGAUUGUUGAGAUCACACACAAUCACACACACAAAGAACCCAAUUUACAGUCUUAGCUUACAACAUAUUGAAUUUCAUGCUGAAUUUAUUACUGCCGAGCUGCUCCUGUUGUUUUUUAUAUUUCACGAAAAAUUGGGUUUGUCUCUUAGUCUAGAAACUGCUACUUACUUACUACCAUACUAAACUAUAUACAGUAUGUACACAUGGUAUGUUACCACAUGGUAUGAAAGCAUCAAAAGUUGUCAAGCACCCAUAAAAAACAAAUAAAAUCUCCUGUUUCACAGUAA